AUUCAAUCCGUUUGGCAGGCAAACGGUGGGUGGAUCACAGGGAUGGCGCCCGGCACCCGGCGACGAGCGGCAGAUGGGGCGGUGGAGCAGUAUGAUCCCGCCACCAGGUUCCUCUACGUCCCACACACAGUGACCUUCCUCUUCUUGGGGCUGCUGGCGCUCGUGUACUUCAGCCACCCCCUGCACCCGGAGCGCCGCCCCGCUGACCCUGCCGCCGCCGAUGCCUUGGCCUACAGCAACUCAAAGCUGGGCAUCUGGGCCAUGGUGCUGGUGUACCUGGGCUACUCUGUGGUGCAGGGCCCCAGCACCUGCAUGGUGCGCCCGCACCCGGCCGUCUGGCGCCUGGUGCAUGGCAUCAUGGUCUGUUACCUGAUGCUCAUGACCUACCUCCUCUUCCAGACCGUGGACGACGCCAGGCUGUUCCUGCGGCACCUGUACCCGGAGCUGGGUGUGGAGCUGCCCGAGCGGCAGUACGGUGCCGACUGCCGCCUGUACAUCCCGGGGGAGGGAGUCAAUUGGAAGGCCCUCCACGACACUGUGUUUGACGAGUUUGUGGUGGCCCACACGCUGGGCUGGUGGGGCAAGGCGCUGAUCAUCCGCAACUACACCAUGCUCUGGUUCAUCUCCAUUGCCUUUGAGCUGUGCGAGAAGACGCUGCAGCACUGGCUGCCCAACUUCAACGAGUGCUGGUGGGACAGCUGGCUGCUGGAUGUGGCCAUCUGCAACGCAAUAGGCAUCUACACAGGCAUGUGGACGGUGCGGUACUUCAAGAGCAAGCAGUACAACUGGAGCGGCAUCAGCGAGCAGCCCAGCCUGCUGGCCAAGGCCAAGCGCGGCCUGCUGCAGUUUACCCCCUACUCCUGGGACGACUUUGAGUGGCACGUCUUCAGCAGCCCCAAGCGCUGCUUUGGCGCACCCCUCGCCCUGCAGUGCUUCUUCCCGGUGGGCAUCAUCCUGCUGUUUGAGGUCAACCACUUCUUCCUCAAAUUCGUGCUGUGGGUGCCGCCCAUCAACCCGCUCAACACCUACCGCCUCGCCAUCCUCUUCCUCUUUGCCCUGCCCGGCAUCAAGGAGUAUUACGAGUUCCUGGAGUCCCCCUCCCGCAACAUCUUCACCAAGCUGGGCACCUUUGCCUGGCUGGCCAUGGCCAUCGCUGUGGUGGAGACCCUCAUCUGCAUCAAGUUCAGCAAGGGGCUCUUCCCACAACCCUGGCCCCGGGAGGUGCUGGUGGCGUGGGGGCUUGCAGUGACCGUGUUUGGGGUUGUGUUUGGCACUUGGAGUUACCGUUACUAUGUCAGCUCAGGCGUGGCGGCUGGUGGGGGGCGCAGAGCCAUCACCACGCGGCAAAAGACGCGUUGACAAGGCAGCCCAGGUCACCUCGCCCUCGUUGCUUGCACGUGUGCCCUCGCUUUUGUAUCCCGCCCUUUUUGACCAGCACUGCCACACUUGCAGUUUUUGUUCACAACCUGUUCAUUACAACAAAAAGAACAUUACAAUGCAAAGAUCAAAGAAGUCGUGGUUUGAGUAGAAUCUUGCAGUUCUGGAGUCUGCAGCAAUGGUGCUGGCAUGACUGUGGCAGAGGAGCACGGACGACAGCAGAGGGCCUCGGGGUAGAAGGCCACCUGGUUGGGAGUGCUGCCGAAAUGCGGUGGGCGGAGGGGUGACGAGAGAGUGGGGCAACAUUUGCCAAGGGAAUUCGUGAAGUAGGAAACAGAGAGCGCCAAGCAGAGGUGAGGACCGGAGGUGGACGCCUGAUGAUGAUGGGUGGUGGUGGGGACGGCGGGUACGGUGGAGCAGCAUGCACAACUGCGAUGCGCUCGCCGCAGGAACCGGGGAGCGGUGGUCGCCGACGGGUGUUUAUGCACGGGGUUGGGCUUGGUUGCCAGUGAGGAGGGAAGAAGUAGUAUGAAGAGACGUAGUAUGGAGAGCCCUGUCGAGACGGGCACGUGAGCGGAUGGCAGCCAGACGGAAAAAUUAGCAUGCUGGGGAGCAGAUGAUGGGCGGUAUAGCUUUUGCUGGGGUACAUGGGGCGGGCGCCAGUGCCACGGUCUCCAAACGACCGUGGGCGCUGGUCGGCAUUCGAAUGCGAGGUCAGGUGGGGGAGUUGGGGCUGGCGUGGUGGAGGGGCGUGCUGGCCAGGCUGUCCAGGCUGAGGGAUCCCGACCUGCGGGACAGCAGGGAGUGCAGGCUGCGCAUCGAGUUCUGCUGGCCCUCGAUGCUGCUGCGUACCAU